AUGAUGCUGCGCCGCGUCCUCUGCGUGCUUUUCUUUGCCCUCUGCUGUGCGUGCGUGUGCGCCACGGCCCAGGAGGAGGGGCAGUACGAUGCUGCUGUUUUUAAGGCUGCUGGGGGCGACCCGAAGAAGAAUACGACUACCACUACCACUACUACAACUACUACGACCACAACUACCUCCAAGGCGCCCAAGAACACGACCACAACUACUACUACGACUACUACUUCCUCCAAGGCGCCCAAGAACACGACCACAACUACUACUACGACUACUACUUCCUCCAAGGCGCCCAAGAACACGACCACAACUACCUCCAAGGCACCGACUCCUGAAGACGCGCGCAGCCCUGGCGGCCCUGUGUGGGUGCAGGUGUCGCUGCUGCUGCUGGUCAGUGCCGCUGUGGCGACCGCCGGUGCUGCGUGCUGA